UUGCAGGUGGGCUGGUCUGAAGAAGGAGAAGAGCCUGAAGUUUAGUCUUAUUUAUUUUUCGUGCAUAUUUCCCCGGGAAGAAGCAACGGAAGACAAAAAUUAGACAUGUCGUCCCUGAUUAAGAAAGUGAUCAGCACGGCGAAAGCACCAGGCGCAAUCGGACCCUACAGUCAAGCAGUGCUGGUAGACAAAACCAUGUAUAUCUCAGGACAGCUAGGCAUGGAUCCUGCAAGUGGACAGCUUGUAUCAGGAGGGGUGGCAGAAGAGGCAAAACAAGCACUUAUAAACAUAGGGGAAAUUCUGAAAGCUGGUGGCUGUGAUUACACUAAUGUGGUAAAGACAACUGUUUUGCUGGCUGACAUAAAUGACUUUAAUGCUGUUAAUGAAAUCUACAAACAGUAUUUUAAGAGUAGUUUUCCAGCCAGAGCUGCUUACCAAGUUGCUGCUUUGCCCAAAGGAGGGCGUGUUGAAAUUGAAGCCGUAGCUGUUGCAGGACUUCCCUCAAAAUCCUGACUAUAAUUUACGCCCUCCACUGUUUUGCCAAUUAGAUUUGGUUAGGAUAAAUGAGUGUUGUUACUUCUAAUUCUGAAAAUUAAUGUGAAAAUUAUGAGCCUUAAUGAAAUGUUGUGGAAAACUUGGCAUUCUAGAAAUGACAUAAUGGGUGAAAAUGAAUGUGAACUAAAGGAUUUGCUGGAAAACCCAAUACAUACAGCUGUACUACUGAAAGUGAAAGGUAGGGUAUGGAAAUUAUGGUAUUUCUCUACAAAAUUAAAUAAAAGCAAAGAAUAGAAAGAAAUGCAGGCAAAAGCUUUUCUCCAGGAAUUCUGGAUUGUUUUAUAUCUGAAAAGAGAAAAAAAUAACAUGUCUGGAAUUAAUUUCUACUAAAUACAUAAUCUGAGAAAUAAUUGACUGAUGUUCUUAUAAUUAACUAAUUUUAUAAAAAAAAUUAAGCAAAAAAUCAUUUUAUACAUUCUUUCAAUUAGUUGCAUGUAAUGCUAAGGAUUUAAAAAUGGCAUUUCCCUCAAAAGACCAUCAACUUCUUUUUAAAGAAUUUCCACUGUUGGUCUAAUUGAAAUUCCAAAGGGUGUGGCAGAAAUUAAUGAGAAGAAAAAAGUUACAAAGAAAGAAAUUAAUGGACCAAAAAUUUUUUAAAGGCAAAAUAUAUUUUUUCUAAUGGAAAUAAAAUGAAAGCAUGUGCA